AUGGCAUCCCUAAAGUCGCUGCUGAGCGGCUUCCUGCUGCUCGCCGGUUGCGCGCAAGCUCUCAAGUUCGACCUUGAGGCUACCUCUUCACACCACAGCAACCAGCGACGAUGCAUACGGAACUUUGUCAACAAGGACACAUUGGUGGUAGUAACGGCUACGCUUGACGGAUACAAGGGCGAUGGCAUGAACGUCAACAUGCACAUCUCCGAUAGCCACGGAAACGAGUACGGCAAGGCCAAGGAUAUCGCUGGCGAGCAGCGCAUCGUCUUCACCUCGCAUCACGACGCGGCCUUCGACGUGUGCUUCGAGAACUAUCUUACUGGUUCCAAGUAUGUCGAGAACCCCCGCCGCCACGUCGAGCUCGAUAUCGACAUUGGUGCCGAUGCCAAGGACUGGUCCGCCAUCCAGGCCACCGAGAAGCUUAAGCCACUCGAAACCGAUCUGCGCCGUAUCGAGGAGCUGGUCGGCGAGGUUGUUAGCGAGAUGGAUUACCUGCGCGCUCGUGAGCAGAAGCUCCGUGAUACCAAUGAGAGCACCAACAACCGUGUCAAGUGGUUUGGCAUGGCCACCACUUUCCUCCUCAUCGCUCUUUGGGGGUGGCAGAUUAUGUACCUCAGGGCAUACUUCAGAUCUAAGCAUCUUAUUUAA